UUUCAGAUUGUUUUUGGUUGUGUUUUUUACUUUAACUCAAAAGAAGUGACCCAGAAACAUGAGCGAAACGGUUGCCGAAACAGCAACGGCUGCAGAAAAUGACGAGCAAGAAGACUCAAUGGAAAAGCUGCAAGUGGAGGAGGAAGACGAGAAAAACGUUUCCGCUGAAGAUUUGUUGGGUGGCAAAAGUCUGAUGAUGUCGGACAGCGAAAAUGAAGAUAUCUCCGAUGCAAAGGACCAGAAAGUGGCGUCCAAGAGCAGGAGGCAGCGAUUUCUAGACAGCGAUGAUGAGGAAGAUGGAAAAUCAGUGCAGGAGAAGGUGGGCAGAGAGGUGGACCAGGCAGAGGCACAGAUAUCCCCCAUAUCCAGAAGACAGCGUCUCCCAGACAGUGAUGAUGAAAACGAAAGGGAAUCCGAUAAGGCAGAAGAGCACAUCUCGCCGAAAUCCAGUAGGCCUCGCUUUCCAGACAUUAAUGAAGAAGAUGAGGAGUAUAUGGCCCCCAAAGCCAAGCAGAAGAUAUCUGCCAUCAUCGACACGGACAGUGAGGGAGAGCCGCAGGGGCCCAAGGAAGAGGACAAGCCAAAGAAAAAGAACAAGCGGGAAAAGAAAAAGAAACACCGAAUGGACAGCGACAGCGACAGCGAAAGCGAAAGCCACAGCCAUGACGAAUCCCAGAAAGAGCAAAGCGGUGAGAAAACUAGUCCCGCAAAGAACAAACUCAAAGGUCUAGUGGACUCUGAAUCUGAGCCGGAGCCAAGCAACGGAGAGGAGUCCGGCGGAGAGCAAGAGAAUGCCACUGAAGUUCACGCCGAGGCACCUAAGAAAGCCAAGGCCGUGCGGGCAUCGGCCAAAAAAGCGCUGGACACUAUGCAGGCCAUUCAGAGCGAGCAACAGCGGUUGCAUCGCGAGGCGCACAUUAGUGUGCCCUACCACCAGCCCAAACCGCGUACCCUGAAGGAAUUUCUUAGCCGCCGCACUAUCAAUACACCUCUGGCCACGGCUAUGGCCGGGGGGAGUCCCAUGCCCAGCAAACAGCCAAGAAAAUCGAUGGGCCUGCGUAUGAACAGAGAGGAACUGGAGGCAUAUGCAAAACUAAUGGACGAUCGCGCCAAGGAGGCCACUGAGUUUUUCAAGUCCGAAUCGGAACCCGAUGAUGAGGAUGGUUCGGACGACAAUGAAGCGCCUGUGGAGAAAGAUAAUCCUGGUGUAAUGGAUGAAGCGGCAGACAUCUUAGACGAAGUGAAGAAGCAGUCAGAAGAAAUAGCCGAAGAGAUAGUGAAAGACCUUGCUAUGGAGGAGGAGAAGGUGGAAGAGCCAAUAGCAUCUACUUCUGCUGCAGCUGCCCUUAGGUUCGCGGAAAUGAGCGAAUGUCUACCAGAACCAGGGGUGGGAUUAUCCACCAAAGACUGCCUCGUCACGGAAGUUAUUGAGCUGCCCAGAUUGGAUUUAAGUACUAUUAAUAUCACGCCGCCUUCUAAGCCCGCUACUCCCCGGAUAAGUGAGGCCAUUCGAAGGCUGAAGAUUGAGAAAAGCACGGAUGUGAGUCCCUCGUUGAAAGGAGAUGCCACAAUGCUGAUUGAUCUGGAAACGGGCGACAUGUUUGCCAAAAAAUCAACCGGAGUUGACGAUUUGCUACAACGUCUGAUCAAAACACGAGAGGCCAAGAAGCACAAGACCACGGAGACUGUCAACAUCCUGUCUACGGCGCAUGGGAAACUGGAGAUGUCCAAGGUGAACAUUCACUUGCAUGAGGAGGAGCCUGUCAACAAGGAUGCCACGCCUGGAUCGGCCUAUGUGAAAAUGCAAGAGCAACUCAAGUCACGUAUCACGCAGAAGCGCAUGGAAGAUCUGCGCAAAAAGCAGGCAGAGGAAAAGGAAAGAGCAGCAGAAGACGACGAAGAGGAAGGCAUGGAUGUGGAUGAGGAUGAGGAGUACGAGCCGGAUGAAAAGCCUUGCCCCUCUGCAGUGGCCAUCAAUGAGGACGAGGAGAUACUAGAAGAAGGCGAGGAAACAGCAUUGGAUGAAGCUGAUGCUGAAGAGGAUGUUCAAUUAGAUGCUGAAGUUGAAGAUGUUACACCUGAAUCGGAAAAUAGCAGUGAAAGUGAGGAAGAAAGUGAGCCAGAGGAGGAGAAUCUAGCUGGAAAGAAGAGGAAUCGAAUCAUCAGAGCCUUCCAGGAUGAUGACAAUUCUGAUGAGGACGACUUGGAUCUUCUACAGACUCCAAAGCCGCCCAGCAAUGCCACACCCAUGACGGCCACUCAGCUUCAACUGUCCGCCCACAAACUUUUCGAUGCGGAGACCCGGCGCACUGCCAGCGACGAGGAGAAUGAACUGCUCGACCUGUGCUCUGGCCAAUUCCCGCAAUCCCAAAUGGGCUCCUCAGCAGCUCCCUCCACGGACACGGCGCUGAUUAGUCAGAUUCCCAUGACACAAUUUGGAAUGGCAAGCAGCCAAGCCCCCGAAGAACUGGAGUCCCUCUGUUCAGGCACCUUUGCAACACAGCAGCCCACGCAGCAGACAGAACAGCCUAAAGAAGACUCCCAGCCGGUACAGGUAGCCAACAAAAUUGUGUCCAGUGAUGAGGAGACAAAGGAGGAACCCCUUGAGACAGAGAAGCCGCGCAACAAGAAACUCACCAAGAAAAAGCCAAAGAAAAGAGCUUUAGGCUUCUCCGAUGACGAAGAGAGCGAUGCCGAGGACUGCGACGAGGAGGAGGUGGAGCCGCUGGGAAGCGAUGCAGAACCAGUGGAGGAGAUACCCGAAACUUUUGUCGACUAUGACUCCGAGGAGAAUGAAAUCGUUGUAGAAAUGACAAAAAAAGAUCGCAAGCUGCGAGCAUCAAACUUUAUGGAAAAGGAGGCGGAAUUAUCCGAGUCUGAGUGGGGCUCCGCCGACGAAGACGAGAAGAACAUGGAUACCUAUGACAUAGAACUGGGCGAUGAAGAUGAGUUCGAUCGGGAAAAGCUACGCAGCGAACUCGGACAAAUCCAUGCACGCAAAAUGCUCGACCAGGAUAUACGGGAGGUGCGUCAAAUCAAAGAAAUGCUUUUCGAGGACGAAGAGGGAGCCGUACGACAACGCCAGUUCCGCUGGAAAAAUGUCGAUAGUGGUUUCAGUCUAGAGGAUCAGCAGCGCACUGAGAACGGUGAGGCCAACGAGGGCAGUGGCGAUGAGGAGAACGAGCAUAUGUGGCGCAAGAUUCGCUACGAACGCGAGCAGCUCCUACUGGAGAAUGGACUGAAAGCGGAGGGUGCCACCCCCCUAUCUCCAGCCGUGGCGAACAACACCAGCAAUUCCGGAAACUCUAUUCGUAGGCUGAACAUAAUCACAGCCAAGAAGACGACGGUGGAGAUGAAGAAGAGCUCCCCGUUCCUAAUCUCAAAGACUGUGACUGGAAGGCAGCAGAAGGGCACGGUACGUGGCUCCUUCCUCGUGCGGGACAACGAAACACUCACCAAACUGGCUGGAUUUACUAAGGGAAGUGCUGGCGAUGUGGACGGAACAGCGGGAACUGUUUCCGUAAAGACGGCCAGGGCCAAAAACUUUGUGUUUGCCACGCUAACAGAGGAGGAACACGAGAAUCAAAAACGCAAGGCGGCGGAUUUACUCAACAGCAGCAGUGAAACGGGAGUUAAUUUCAUGAAGAAGCCGCGCCUGGAGCCACGUCGGGAGAAGUGCCUUAUUGAUCAACUUCUUUAGUAUAGAGUUGUUAAUUUUUUUGAUUAGCUAUGAUUAAGUUUGAUAAUUAGGUUUUAUGAUAAAAAAUAGUAAUUUUAAGUCGUUUUAAAUAAAAACAACAUUUCCAACA